AUAUACAACUGUCAGUUAGACAUUAUCAUUCCACGUGGAGAUAAAAAAACCGCUCUGUACUAAUCCAGUUAUUAAGUGGAUAAUGUCUCUGGGUACCUUUAUUGUAUGUUGCGUCAGUAGAUUACAGAUAAGGAGCAAACGAAAGUACUAUAACAGGAAACUCAAACUCUCACUCUGUCUGUUUUACCUGCAAACGCGCAAAGAUGAAAACUCUUCUCCUCUCAGUGCUACUAGUGGCAAAUAUGCAGUUCUCCACUGCAGAUUUGUGUUCUUACAAUUUUACACUUGCCGACUUGCCCAAUUCCUUGAUUUUGGAGGUGAUCAAUUUAAUUGCUGGGAAUAUAAUCAACGAAAUUAGCAAUUGUUCGUUGAUAGGUUAUGCCUCAAAAGACAUAGAGUUUUGGUUGUAUACCAGGAGCGGUCCUUCAGAUGGCCUAAAAAUGAGCAGUCUUGACACGGCAAUGCUAAAAGGAAGAAAAACCAUAGUAUUAACGCACGGAUUCCUUUGCAGUCGUAAGAAUAACCUCAUGCCCGAACUCAAAGAUGCAUAUCUUAAAAGAUACGAUGCGAACGUGAUAAUUAUCGAUUGGUCUGCAUAUUCAAAGGAUUACUAUGCGAACGUCCAUUGCAAUGUACCGCGUAUUGCACAAACCUUUGCAGAGUUUCUGUGUAAAGCCGACUCUGAGCAGAACAUUGAUAUUGAAGACGUACACGUGGUGGGACACUCUAUGGGAGGUCAAAUGGCCGGUUUUAUUGGAAAGCAAACUCAAGCUCAGUGUUCGAAGGUAUUGGGUAGAAUUAGCGGAUUGGACCCGGCCGGUCCGCUAUACUUCUUAAAACCAAGGUCUCGCCGGUUAACUAACACAGAUGCAAAAGAAGUUAUGGUAAUACACACAAACAAGGGCGUAUUGGGAUAUGAUGGUAACUGUGGUACUGCCGACUAUUAUCCCAAUUCUGGUGCUUCACAAGCAGGUUGUACCAUAUCAAAUUCGCCCGCUACUGAUUUUAUUGGUAUGGUUACAUAUCCUACUGCCUGCAACCAUUUGCGUGCUGUUGACUAUAUGAUCGAAAGUAUUGGCACCAAUAAUUUCGUUGGCGAAAGUUGCUUUCUGUGCACUUCCUGUCUUUCAAACCCUUUUUUUGGAAGUAAGGGUGUUAUGGGUGAAGACUUCACAUACGAGGAGGAAUCUUGUAGCUAUUACAUGCCCACUAAUAGCCAAUCGCCGUAUGGAAAAGGCCCAUAGGUGACCGGUGUUGCCAUCAUAA